AUGUGGGAUGAUGCUAUUUCCAAAAGAGAACUCGAUCAAUUUAAUUCCAGAAACCACGAAUCCGCACACGAGAAAAUUAAUCUCAUCAUGAUCUAUUUGCGGUCGGAGAACGCGGCGGCGGCGAACGAACGUCCCCUUAACGAAAUUCAGAGAGAAAGUUUCGUUCACCAAGUGAUCGGUGCUCGAAUAGGAAAAGGACUGACUAUGUGGACGUCUUGUCGCAUGGCACCUAGGGUCAAGGCUAAUCUCGAUCACAUUGUUGCCACAUGUUUGCAAGAGGAUGAGAUGAAAUGA